AUGGAGCGGCGCGGUCUCCCCGCGGGGGCGCAGCGCGGGCGGCGGGCGCGGGGCGCGAGGGGCGGCCCGGCGCUGUGGGCGCUGCUGCUCGCGCAGGUGGCCGUGCAGGCACCUGCGUGCUCCGUGGGACCCGCCGCGGCCUCGCCGGGGAGCCCGAGCGCCUGGCGUCCUCCCGGUUCCGCCGCGCGGCCCGACUGGCUGGAAGAAGGCGAAUAUGACCUGGUGUCUCCCUAUGAAGUUGACCACAAUGGAGACUUCUUGUCCCAUGAGAUCACGCACCCUCGGAGGCGGAAGAGGGCGCUUGCCCAGCUUGGAGUGGAGCCUCUCCAUCUCCGACUGAAGGGUUUCAGGCAUGAUUUCCACAUGGAGCUGAGAGCUUCCAGCAACCUGGUGGCUCCUGGAUUUAUUGUGCAGACACUGGGGAAGGGAGGCACUAAAUCUGUGCAUGCCUUCUCACCUGAGGAUUUCUGUUUUUAUCAAGGCUCUUUACGAUCCCACAAAAAUUCCACGGUGGCCCUCUCAACAUGCAAAGGUUUGUCGGGCAUGAUAAGAACCCAAGAAGCAGAUUACUUCCUAAAGCCGCUUCCCCCCCACCUAGUGGGAAGCCUGCAGGACUCCGCUGGGGCUGGACCCCCCUCCCACAUACUAUACAAGAGAUCCACAGAAGUGCAGGCUCCAGGGGCUCCCCAGGCGGUCCUGACCCGGAGGGAUCGGGAGCUGGGGAAUCAGCCUCUGCGCAGCGGCUCGAGCCUCCAGCAGCCACAAAAGCAGCAUUUCUGUGGAAGACGCAAGAAAUACAUGCCCAAGCCUCCCAAGGAGGAUCUCUUCAUCCUGCCUGACGAAUAUGCAUCUUGUCUUCGGCGUAAGCGCUCUCUUCUCAAGUCCCAUAGGAAUGAAGAGCUCAACGUGGAGACGUUGGUGGUGGUGGAUAGAAAGAUGAUGCAGAACCACGGCCACGAAAAUAUCACCACCUACGUGCUGACCAUACUCAACAUGGUGUCUGCUUUGUUCAAAGACGGAACGAUAGGAGGAAACAUCAACAUUGCAAUUGUAGGUCUGAUUCUUCUAGAGGAAGAACAGCCGGGGCUCGUGAUAAGCCAUCACGCAGACCACACGUUAAGCAGCUUCUGCCAGUGGCAGUCGGGAUUGAUGGGCAAAGACGGCACCCGCCAUGACCACGCCAUCUUGCUGACAGGUCUGGACAUAUGUUCCUGGAAGAAUGAGCCCUGUGACACCUUGGGAUUUGCGCCCAUAAGUGGAAUGUGUAGUAAAUAUCGCAGCUGCACGAUUAAUGAAGAUACAGGUCUUGGACUGGCCUUCACCAUUGCCCACGAGUCUGGACACAACUUCGGCAUGGUCCAUGAUGGAGAAGGGAACAUGUGCAAAAAGUCUGAGGGCAACAUCAUGUCCCCUACAUUGGCAGGACGCAACGGGGUCUUCUCCUGGUCACCCUGCAGCCGCCAGUACCUGCACAAAUUUCUAAGCACCGCCCAGGCACUGUGCCUUGCGGACCAGCCGAAGCCCAUGAAGGAGUACAAGUACCCUGAGAAGUUGCCCGGAGAGCUAUACGAUGCAAACACUCAGUGCAAGUGGCAGUUUGGAGAGAAAGCCAAGCUCUGCAUGCUGGAUUUCAAAAAGGAUAUCUGUAAAGCCCUGUGGUGCCACCGGAUUGGAAGGAAAUGUGAGACUAAGUUUAUGCCCGCAGCAGAAGGCACCAUUUGUGGGCAUGACAUGUGGUGCCGUGGAGGACAGUGUGUGAAGUACGGCGAUGAAGGCCCCAAGCCCACCCAUGGCCAUUGGUCAGACUGGUCUUCCUGGUCCCCUUGCUCCAGAACCUGCGGAGGAGGGGUGUCUCACAGAGACCGCCUGUGCACAAAUCCCAAACCAUCGCAUGGAGGGAAGUUUUGUGAGGGCUCAACUCGUACUCUGAGGCUUUGCAACAAUCAGAAAUGUCCCCACAAUAGUGUUGACUUCCGCGCGGCUCAGUGUGCCGAGUACAAUGGCAAACGGUUCCGAGGUUGGCACUACAAGUGGAAGCCAUACACCCAAGUGGAAGAUCAGCACUUAUGCAAACUCUACUGUAUCGCAGAAGGAUUUGAUUUCUUCUUUUCUUUGUCAAAUAAAGUCAAAGAUGGGACUCCAUGCUCGGAGGAUAGCCGUAAUGUUUGUAUAGAUGGGAUAUGUGAGAGAGUUGGAUGUGACAAUGUCCUGGGAUCUGAUGCUGUUGAAGACUCCUGUGGUGUGUGCAGGGGCAAUAACUCAGACUGCACGACGCACAAGGGGCUCUACGCCAAGCACCACGGCGCCAACCAGUAUUAUCAGAUGGUCACCAUUCCUUCUGGAGCCCGGAGUAUUCGCAUCCACGAAAUGAACGUGUCUACCUCCUACAUCUGCGUGCGCAAUGCCCUCAAAAAAUACUACCUGAACGGGCACUGGACGGUGGACUGGCCUGGCCGGUACAAGUUUUCAGGCACCACGUUUGACUACAGACGGUCCUCCUACGAGCCGGAGAGCUUAACCUCUUCUGGGCCAACCAACGAGACCCUGGUCGUGGAGCUUCUGUUUCAGGGAAGGAACCCGGGUGUUGCCUGGGAAUACUCAGUGCCUCGGCUGCGGGGUGAGAAGAAGCCCAGUGCCCAGCCUCGCUACACGUGGGCCAUCAUUCGCUCCGAGUGCUCCGUGUCCUGUGGAGGGGGGCAGAUGACCACGAGGGCUGGCUGCUUCCGAGACCUGCGGUUUCAGGUCAACACAUCAUUCUGUAAUCCCAGCACCCGACCGGUCCCGGGGGUGGUGUCCUGCAAAGUAUCUGCCUGUCCUCCCAGUUGGUCAGUGGGGAACUGGAGUGCGUGCAGCCGGACGUGCGGCGGGGGCACUCAGAGCCGGCCCGUCCAGUGCACACGACGGGUACACUACGUGUCAGAGCGGGUGGCAGCCAGCCUGUGUCCACAGCCCGUGCCCUCCAGCCAACAGGCCUGCAACACUCAGAGCUGCCCGCCUGCUUGGAGCACCGGGCCCUGGGCAGAGUGCUCUCGAACCUGCGGGAAGGGAUGGAGGAAGAGGUCGGUGGCCUGUAAGAGCACGAACCCCUCGGCCAGGGCGCAGCUGCUGCCGGAUGCCGUGUGCAGCUCGGAGCCCAAGCCCCGCACCCACGAAGUCUGCCUGCUGGAGCGCUGCCACAAGCACAAGAAGCUGCAAUGGCUGCUGUCUGCCUGGUCCCAGUGCUCUGUUACCUGUGAAAGAGGAACACAGAAAAGAUUCUUAAAAUGUGCUGAAAAACAUGUUUCUGGGAAAUAUCGAGAGCUGGUCUCCAAGAAGUGCUUGCACCUGCCACGGCCCAGCGUGGAGCUGGAGCGCACCUGCACCCCAUUUCCCUGCCCCCGGCACCCCCUGCACACAGCCGCAGGCCCCCCUCGAGCCAGCUGGUUUGCCUCACCCUGGUCUCAGUGCACGGCCAGCUGCGGGGGCGGCGUGCAGACCAGGGCCGUGCAGUGCCUGGCGGGGGGCCGGCCAGCCCUGGGCUGCUUCCUGCACCAGAAGCCCGCAGCCUCCCUGGCCUGCAACACCCACUUUUGCCCCAUCGCAGAGAAGACAGCACAGGAUGUGCAGCCACCAGUUCUACGGCGAGCGGUGCUGCAAGACGUGCUCCACAACCAACCUGUGAGUCCCCGGCGGCGGGGGCCCCUUCCCAGGGCGGAGAAUACGAGGUGCUGCAUCUCCAGCCCACAUCAGCCAUGCAGGGAGCAUGGAAAGCAGCCAAGAAGGACGGAAGUGGGAGAAGGAGAGCUGUGUCUGGCUGUCUGACGGGACAGAGUGUGUGUGUGUGUCUGUGUGUGUGUGCUCGUGCAAACCGUGGUUCUGAAUGCCUGUCUGGGCACAGGUGCACACACCUGUUCAAUGAAGUAUGGAGGUGGGCAGGAGGCCCACUCUACAGACCUGGACGCAUGCUCAUCACGUGCACUUGAGAUGAAUCAUGUCAGAAAAACAGAAGGAGCUGAGCUGAACUUGCUAAACGCUAAAUGGGUGGUGCUUUGGAGAAAGAAGGUGAUGGAAUUAGGAGUAAGGACAGCAGCUCUGCCGCCAAGUGUGCCGGCCCCCCUGGGCCCGCAGAGGCCCCUUCCCCGGGUCUGGAGUGAGCGGCCUCCCUCUGGAGAAGCAGCUGGGACAGCUCCCAGGGAGGUGGGCGUCCCCAGGGCCCCCUCUUCCCGCCGCAGCAGCCCAGCUGCUGUCUGCUGAGACCUGCUUCUGGAACAAGAACUGGGUGUCCCCUCUAAGCGGCAUCUGCCCUGCCAGGGAGACACCAGACUCUGGCCUCCAUGUCCUGAUUUGAGACUUUGCUUCUGGAAACGGGAAACACAAAAUCAUGCCACAGUGCUUCCGUCCCUUUCAGACUCACGCCUGGAGAACAGAACUUUGGUAGCCUGUGUGUCACCCUUGUCAGCUAUUUGCAAGCGAGCGUUUCUAUCCCAACCCAUUCUUCAUGCUUCUCAGAUGACAGACGUUCAGGUUCUACUGGAGUUUAGACCAUCACGCCACACCCCUGCUGCCCUGAUGAGGUUGUGGCCGUCCCACCCAGACAGAUGUCCUCAGCUGAUGUGGUGACCCGCAGAACCCCAGGUUUCCUUCCCGUGUGUUGUGCUGUUUUGGGAUUUUUUUUCCAUGAAUUUAGUUGUUUUGUAAGACCCGUUCGGAGAGGCCAGCCUUCCUGGGUGCAGGCUGCACACAGCCCCUGACACUCCACUGCCCGCCGGUGCUACCCUUCCUCCUCCUGCCCCGCCACUCGCUCUGUGUGGAAUGGGCACCUGGAUAUUUAUAUUUGCUGAAGUUUUAUAAUAAAUUUUAUAUUGUACCACUUG